AUGCUCUCCAAGAGCGACUUUCGAAGCCCGCCAAGCUCAGCGGCGCCUCAGGCCGGGGUUGGUCCCGCCCGGGUCGGGCGCCUCCGGCCGCUCGAAUUCCCGCGCCGCUUCCCUGGGAGGAGCCCGGGGCGCGUGCCGGCCCCGCGAGGCGCGGAGGAGGUGAGGCGGCCCCGCCCCGAGCCCGCCCAGAGCCUCAGGGCUCUCGGACUUCGCCGCCCGCGGCCCCGCCUGCGCGAGCGCCCCCUGCUCCCCCUCCCGCGCCUGGCCAGGCUCCGCCUCCCGCGGCCGCGGGGCGCUCCGCGGCGCCCGCCAGAGCUCGCCGCCGGAGCUCUGCCCCGGGGCGGCCUGCAGGCUUUCCGCGGCCGCAGGCUGGGGUUCAGCUCUCGCGGCAGACCGAGCGCCUCUGCCCCCUCCGGAUCUCGCGCCGAGCCCGGGCCGAGCGCUGCGGUGCGGCAGAGCUCUGGGGCGGCGCGCGGGGAGCCCCGCGGCACGCAGGGCCUGGACUCUCGCAGCCGCUCGGCACACCGCAGGCCGCCCCUGCCUCCCCCGCCCGGCUCUGUCCGGCACCUGCCCCCCCGCUCCGCGGCAGCCUGCCCUGCCCCCGGCUCCCUGCCGCGCCUGGGGCCGUCCUGCCUUGCAGGUCUCUUGUCCCAGCAAGCCCCUGGCCCCCUGCUGCGAAACGAGGAGGCGGGGAGAGCUGUUGCACAGCUCUGCAUCGCCGAGAAUGUCUCCCAGGACUGA